GACAAUUUAUGAAGGAUAGCAUAAAAUUCACAAGUCGAGACAGUAGACAUGAAGGCCUAUGGAGGGAAGAGACUAUGAAGUAUUUCUUGCCAUUCAUGAAGAGCCUCUCCUGCAAUCCGAUUUACAUGCUUCUCAUCCUUACGAGUGUGCUCCAGAUAAAUGCAUUUAUUAAUAUGUUUACCUUCUUGCCCAAAUACCUGGAACAGCAAUAUGGGAAAUCCACUGCAGAGGUGGUCCUUCUCAUGGGUAUUUAUAACUUACCUCCAAUAUGCAUUGGAUAUUUACUUAUUGGCUUUAUUAUGAAGAAGUUCAAGAUUACUGUCAAGAAAGCUGCGUACAUGGCGUUCUGCCUCUCCCUGUUUGAGUACCUUCUGUAUUUCUUGCACUUUAUGAUAACCUGCGAUAACUUCCCAGUUGCCGGCUUAACUGCCUCUUAUGAAGGAGUUCACCACUCUCUGUAUGUGGAGAACAAGGUCCUUGCUGACUGCAACAGAGGGUGUAGCUGCUCAACGAACUCCUGGGAUCCAGUGUGUGGAGACAAUGGCCUAGCAUACAUGUCCGCCUGCCUCGCAGGCUGUGAGAAGUCUGUUGGAACAGGAACCAACAUGGUGUUUCAAAAUUGCAGCUGCAUCCGGUCAUCAGGAAAUUCAUCUGCAGUCCUGGGGUUAUGUAAAAAAGGCCCUGAGUGUGCUAACAAGCUACAGUACUUUCUAAUCAUGUCAGUAAUUGGCAGUUUCAUCUACUCGAUCACAGCCAUACCUGGGUAUAUGGUUCUUCUGAGGUGUAUCAAGCCUGAAGAGAAGUCGCUUGGAAUUGGAUUACAUGCAUUUUGCACAAGAGUAUUCGCUGGCAUUCCGGCACCCAUUUACUUUGGCGCUUUGAUAGACAGAACCUGUUUACAUUGGGGAACUCUGAAAUGUGGUGAGCCAGGGGCAUGCAGGAUGUACAAUAUAAAUAACUUCAGAAUGCACAUGGAUGGCAUUUACCUAGUGUUGCCUGCAGCUCUAAGAGGAUCAAGCUAUCUCCCUGCACUCUUCAUUCUGAUACUUAUGAGGAAAUUCCAGUUCCCGGGGGAAAUCGACUCUUCAGAAACUGAACUUGCAGAGAUGAAGAUCACAGUGAAGAAAAGUGAGUGCACAGAUGUGCAUGGAAGUCCUCAGGUCGAGAAUGACGGAGAACUGAAAACGAAGCUGUAAUGAGUUUUCUACUGCCCUGUGCAAGAUCAUGAACAGAAUGCACACUUCAUGUCCUUUGCGUCAUGAGAAGCACUAGAGCAACUCUUUGAUGCUCUCAGAUGCACUCUGACAUUCAGGUGCAUCAAGUUGUGUGUAGUUUCAUGCUGCUACUUGGGGGUAUUUUAGGAGUAUUUUCCUAAAAUAUAUCAGGGCUGGAUACGGUGUAAGAUAUUCUCCAAAGGCCACUGUCUCAUCCUCAGGAGGUCUCUAAUGUUCAGUGUUCAUUUUAUUCAUGUGUCCUCAGAGCACAUGGCUACUAACUUUCAAAAUCAACUUAGGUAAAACCUUUAAGGAGGGGACAGUUAAAUAUCUCAGUGGAGAGGUGUGCUUUCUACCAAGCCUGACAAGGUGGGUUUGAUCCCUGGGACCAACAUAGUAGGCCAGAACCAACUUUUUCCAGUUGAUCUUCUCCCUUUACUCCUGUACUGUGGUGAAUAUGUCCUACCACAAACAAACAAAUAAAAAAUUUAGAAAGUAUUAAAGGCUGAUCAGUUUGCUACAAACUUUGGAUUAAUAAAAUUCAAGGUUAAGCAUUAAAAACAAAA